CCCGCCCUGCCCCGCCCUGCCGGAGGCCCUGGGCACCGCACCUACCCCGCGCUGCGACGCUGCGGUCUGCACCAGCUCUGCGGACGCGAUCCAGUAGGUUUGAGCUCCGCAUUUCUACCCCUUUGACCCCCACCUGUACUGUGCCCUCUCCGCGGUGAAGUGGAUUUGCAGCGUCAAAACGACCUCGGCCUCGCCAUCUAUAACUCAGGGAGAUUCUCAAGAGCCGAGAUGGCCGUCCUGUCGAAGGAGUACGGUUUUGUGGUCCUGACGGGUGCCGCCAGCUUCGUGAUGGUCGCCCACCUCGCCAUCAACGUCGCCAAGGCUCGCAAGAAGUACAAGGUCGAGUACCCUACCAUGUACAGCACGGACCCUGAAAACGGGCACCUCUUCAACUGCAUCCAGCGAGCCCACCAGAACACGUUGGAAGUGUACCCGCCCUUCUUGUUUUUCCUGGCUGUUGGCGGCGUUUACCACCCGCGUGUCGCUUCUGGCCUGGGCUUGGCCUGGAUCAUCGGACGGGUGCUUUAUGCUUACGGCUAUUACACGGGCGAACCCAGCAAGCGGAGUCGAGGGGCCCUGGGCUCCAUCGCCCUCCUCGGCCUGAUGGGCACGACCGUGUGCUCGGCCUUCCAGCAUCUCGGCUGGGUGAAAACUGGCUUGGGAGGAUCCAAGUGCUGCCAUUGAAGGAUGACAGGGGCCUAGCACUCUCGUCCAUUUUGGACGACUUGUCUUCGUUUCCAGUUACUCUUUUUUUUCUAAAUGUAAUAAAACCUUACUUGGCAUCAGCCUCAUACCUAAA